CUUCCUCCCGGUCCCCCCGCCGCCUCCCUCCGCCGCCGCCCCGGCCGGCUCCGCGCCCCCUCCCCGGCCCCCGCCCGCCGCCGCCGCCCGCCCCCCCAUGGAGCCCCGGGCCCGCGCCGCGCGGGGCCACUAGGACCGCGGCGCGCCCGCCCUCCCCGCCCGGCCCCGCUCCCGCGGCGCGAACCCCGGCGUCCACGGCGCCCCGCUUUUCAGCUCGCGGCCCCAGGCCGGCGGGGGGGAGGGGGAGCGAGGGGACCCCGGGAACCCCGCCCCCCCCACCCGGCCGCCGCGUCCCCGGGGCCCCGAGAAAAUGUCUUCGCGGACGGCGCUGGCCCCGGGCAACGAUCGGAACUCGGACACGCAUGGCACCUUGGGCAGUGGCCGCUCCUCGGACAAAGGGCCUUCCUGGUCCAGCCGCUCCCUGGGUGCCCGCUGCCGGAACUCCAUCGCCUCCUGUCCCGAGGAGCAGCCCCACGUGGGUAACUACCGCCUGCUGAGGACCAUCGGGAAGGGCAACUUCGCCAAAGUCAAGCUGGCCCGGCACAUCCUCACGGGCCGGGAGGUUGCUAUCAAGAUCAUCGACAAAACCCAACUAAAUCCCAGCAGCCUCCAGAAGCUAUUCCGAGAAGUUCGUAUCAUGAAGGGCCUAAACCACCCCAACAUCGUGAAGCUCUUUGAGGUGAUCGAGACCGAGAAGACGCUGUACCUGGUGAUGGAAUAUGCAAGUGCCGGAGAAGUGUUUGACUACCUCGUGUCACAUGGCCGCAUGAAGGAGAAGGAAGCGCGAGCCAAGUUUCGACAGAUUGUAUCGGCUGUACACUAUUGUCACCAGAAAAACAUUGUGCACAGAGACCUGAAGGCCGAGAACCUCCUACUGGAUGCCGAGGCCAACAUCAAGAUUGCCGACUUCGGCUUCAGCAACGAGUUCACGCUGGGCUCGAAGCUGGACACGUUCUGCGGGAGUCCCCCGUACGCUGCCCCGGAACUGUUCCAGGGCAAGAAGUACGACGGGCCGGAGGUGGACAUCUGGAGCCUCGGCGUCAUCCUGUACACCCUCGUCAGCGGCUCCCUGCCCUUCGAUGGGCACAACCUCAAGGAGCUGCGGGAGCGAGUCCUCAGAGGGAAGUACCGGGUCCCUUUCUACAUGUCGACAGACUGUGAGAGCAUCCUGCGGAGAUUUUUGGUGCUGAACCCAGCUAAACGCUGUACUCUCGAGCAAAUCAUGAAAGACAAAUGGAUCAACAUCGGCUAUGAGGGUGAGGAGCUGAAGCCAUACACAGAGCCUGAGGAAGACUUUGGGGACACUAAGCGAAUAGAGGUGAUGGUGGGUAUGGGCUACACGCGGGAAGAAAUCAAAGAGGCCUUGACCAGCCAGAAAUACAACGAAGUGACCGCCACCUACCUCCUGCUGGGCAGGAAGACUGAGGAGGGUGGGGACCGGGGCGCCCCUGGGCUGGCCCUGGCACGGGUGCGGGCGCCCAGCGACACCACCAAUGGAACAAGCUCCAGCAAAGGCACCAGCCACAGCAAAGGGCAGCGGAGUUCUUCCUCCACCUACCACCGCCAGCGCAGGCACAGCGACUUCUGUGGCCCCUCCCCUGCACCCCUGCAUCCCAAGCGCAGCCCGACCAGCACAGGGGAGACAGAGCUGAAGGAGGAACGGCUGCCAGGCCGGAAGGCGAGCUGCAGUGCUGCUGGCAGUGGGAGCCGAGGGCUACCCCCCUCGAGCCCCAUGGUCAGUAGUGCCCACAACCCCAACAAGGCAGAGAUCCCAGAGCGGCGGAAGGACAGCACGAGCACGCCUAACAACCUCCCCCCCAGCAUGAUGACCCGCAGGAACACUUACGUCUGCACAGAACGCCCAGGGGCUGAGCGCCCGUCCCUGUUGCCAAAUGGCAAAGAAAACAGCUCGGGUACCCCACGGGUACCCCCCGCCUCCCCCUCCAGUCACAGCCUGGCUCCCCCAUCAGGGGAGCGGAGCCGCCUGGCCCGCGGCUCCACCAUCCGCAGCACCUUCCACGGUGGUCAGGUCCGGGACCGGCGGGCAGGGGGCGGGGGAGGCGGGGGUGUACAGAACGGGCCCCCCGCCUCUCCCACACUGGCCCAUGAGGCCGCACCCCUGCCCGCCGGGAGACCCCGCCCCACCACCAACCUCUUCACCAAGCUGACCUCCAAACUGACCCGAAGGGUUACCCUCGAUCCCUCUAAACGGCAGAACUCUAACCGCUGCGUUUCGGGCGCCUCUCUGCCCCAGGGAUCCAAGAUCAGGUCGCAGACGAACCUGAGAGAAUCGGGGGACCUGAGGUCACAAGUUGCCAUCUACCUUGGGAUCAAACGGAAACCGCCCCCCGGCUGCUCCGAUUCCCCUGGAGUGUGAAACUGACCAGCUCGCGCCCUCCCGAGGCCCUGAUGGCAGCUCUGCGCCAGGCCACGGCGGCCGCCCGCUGCCGCUGCCGCCAGCCACAGCCGUUCCUGCUGGCCUGCCUGCACGGGGGUGCGGGCGGGCCCGAGCCCCUGUCCCACUUCGAAGUGGAGGUCUGCCAGCUGCCCCGGCCCGGCCUGCGGGGCGUUCUGUUCCGCCGCGUGGCGGGCACCGCCCUGGCCUUCCGCACCCUCGUCACCCGCAUCUCCAACGACCUCGAGCUCUGAGCCGCCACGCCCCGGGUCCCUCCUCGGCCGCCUCCUCGGCCCCCUGCUUCUACGGGCGGGAGAGGGGUCAGGGAAGGGGUCUCUUUGUCAUCACUUCAGUUUUUUCCCGAAUUCGAUUUGGGGGCAGAGAGCAUCCCUCCGCUGUUCUCCGGGGUCACUGGGCAGGAGACAAGAGUUGGGCGGCUCAGCAGGGGGAACUGGCACCCUCCUGGAGCCUCCAGCCCCUCCUGUCCCCCCUCGCCCUGCCGUGGCACACCUGAGGAGACUUUGGGGACAGGGUGGAGCAGAAAGGGAAACCGAGGAAACUCUCCUGUUCCUCCCAACAGCUCAAGAAGUAAGCCUCGAGCCUGGGCAGGAAGAGCUGCUGAGCCUAAAGCCUGGAGAAUUGGGGGGGAGGGGCUGGAAGUGGGGGUCAGAGAGACAGAUUCCUUCCCCUCCACCUUCCUCAUGCUCGAACUCCCCUUCCUGCCCCAGGCUGGCGCGGGCCCCUUUGUACAAAUCCCUGUGAAUACCCCACUCCUGCCCCUCUGCAGAGAUCUCCUGAGGAGCUGCCGCUGUCACCUCCGGUUUUUAAGUUAUUACACCCCACCCUCCUCCUGUCAGCCUCCCGCCCCCUCACAGCCUGUUGCCCAAUAAACUUAGGCGAGUCCCUCCCCGCCCCCCCACGCUGAUCCUGGGGUUUCCUUCCCUGCCCUCACCUGCCAUCCGACAGAGAGGAGGUGUGUGACCCGAGGCCAGCGGCCUCUCCUUUCUGAGCCUCAGUUUUCUCAUCUGCAGAAUGGGAGCAGUGGGGGUGUGAGGGUCAAGGGCGACUGUGGAAGAGGGCAGGACAGAACUCGGCCUCAUCCAUGAGGCCCCCAGUUCCUAUCUCGGACCCCCCCAUUCAUCCGAUCACAAGCCCGCCCACAUGUUAUACUGGACUCUAAGCCACUUCUUACUCCAGUAGUACAUUUAUUCAAUAAACAGUCAUUGACCGGUGCCUACUCCCUGCCAGGCCCAGCACUGGACUCGGAGACGCGGGGAGCCCCUGUUUGCGGGGGAUCUGUGUUCCGACACAAAUACUAGGGCAGCCGGUGCUUUGGGAAGCCCAGAAGGUGGGGGGAGGGGGGGAGCAGGUGUGGAGUCGGGUUGCGAAGGAUGAGAAGGAGUUGGCCAGGCAUUGGGUAUGCCCAGGGCUAGAGUGUGCAAGUGUGGGGUGCAUGGUGUGUCUUCACUGUGAGGCUCCUCAGUGUGGCUAUUUUAGGGGUGUGGGGAGAACUGGGUGAGAAGCGCUGCGUUAGGACUACUAAUCCAGCUACGGAAACAAAAGACAUUAGCUUAUGUUACACAAUAGUCCAGGGGUGGCCUGUUUCAGGGGUGGCUGGAUCCAGGGGGCAAACCAUCCCGCCUGUACUUUGCGCAGUGUGUGUUUCGUUCUAGUAGUUGAACGCCAUAGGCACUCCCUGGUGGGAAUGAGGACCCCAGCGGUUCCAAGCUGCAGCUUUGUGUCUCAGCAGAAAGUUCCUCAUGCCAACUUGCAGCUGGAGACUGUGGCCCAGAUAAGUCCAGUGGCCCUCGUGGAGCCAAUCACUGCAACUCUCAAGUGGCCUCAUUCCUAGGGCUGGACUUAGGGGAGUUCCCCAAGGCAAGGUGUCGUGAGCAGGGGAAAUGGACUGCGUGGACUGAAGCAGGAGGCUGUCGUACAGGAAGGCAGGGUGUGCUCACCCAGGAUGGUGUAGGCCACAGUGAGCAAGCUGAGCUUUCAUCUGCGGACACUAGGGACUCACGGAGGGUUGUGUGCAGGGAAGAGGUUUAGUCAAAGGUGUUCCUUGGUUGCCUGUUUGGGGCUUGGAAGGGUCAGCCCUUGUGUUCUUUGAGGGCUGAUGGGAAAAUCAAAUGAGGAAUGAAGGCCGGUAAAGAUAAAGAGUGGUCAGUGUUGACAGCAGAACCACAUGCUUGUCUUCUGAGAUCAGAACGGGGGUCUGCAGAGACAUGUAGUUGGGAGGGCAGAAAACGGGGUGCAGAGGUGGGACAGAAGCGCUAACCUGGUCUCCAAUCUCAAUUCUUAGGGCUGCCUCUGUGCCCAGCCCUGUGCAGGCGACAUUGUGGCGAUCAGAAGGCCCCAGCCCUGCCCCUCACCCCCAGGGCGCACAGUCUGGUGGAGAAGGCCACUGUGUCUUUAGUGAUGACCCAGAGUGGUCAGGGCUGGUUAUAGGGGAGACUGAAAGCUCAGGAAGUGCAAGGGGAAGGCUUCCUGGAGGAGGAGGGAGAGAAUAACGGGCAGUGGCCAGCUUUG